AUGGAACAACGCCGGCGACCCGAGUACAACCUCGACAUCUUCGCAGACCUCGCCUGCGUGAAAGACGUUGUGAAGGCGAUAUUGCACACCAUCUUCUUCCACCGCUACUUCACCUCCAUAUCCCCUCUGACCCGCGACCUGCUCGACCUCACCCUUCCUGCCAUCGACGAUGUGGACCUCGAGACCCUGAUCGACCAAAGGACGAUAGCAUUGGUACGAGCAAUCGAUAGUGCACACCAGCAGAGAGGAAGAGGGCAGCUUGUCGUGCAGUUUUUCGAGAGAAGGCGGAGAAAGACGUACUUCUUUGGUAGAGCAGACGAGGAUGUGUGCUGGGAGCAGUGGACGCUGGACGUUACGCUUGCUCAACCAAGAACGGAAGCUGAUGUAAUCAAAGUUCGCCGCGCCAUGACCAAGUCACUCGAGAAAGCUGCACAUAAGAUCAUCGGCAUCGUGAACCGCGACAAAGAUCACAUCCCUCCCAUCACAACCACCGACGCCAACCCUUUCCCAUACCACAUCAUAGUCAAUCCUAAAGCUGCAGCUGAGAACGACUGGCGACCACGCAUAGGCAUGUUCUGA